AUGAUUCAGGAAAUCUGCGUUGUAGGAGGUAAUGUAAUUUUGGGCCAGAAAGGCUCUAAAUUCAAGAACCCUACAGCGUGGGAUUGUCAGUACACGGGUAAAUGUGCCACACAGGGAGAUCUGAGCCCCCUGUCCAAAAUCCCGGCAUCUCAACACGAGAUACAACUUCUCAAUGAUCAGAACGUUCUGACGUCAGCACCACAGUUAAAAUCUAGCCAGGAUAUGAUACCUACUCUGCCAGACAUGCACGUCUCCUUCGUGCAUUCGCCUGUUGAGCCCGUCCAAGGCAAAGACGUGCAUUUUGAAGCAGGUCUACUUGACAAUAUAGCAGCUAUAGGCAAAAAUGUAUGGAUAUCCAAUCCCUAUUUUAAUCGCAGACCAGAUACCUCUAACACCUGGAUGUCGUAUCCUAUGAUUCCAUUGACAGAUAAGAGACUGAAAAUUAAUACCACUCCUGAUCUUCAGAUUCCUUCUCUCGGGAAACCGUUACAACCACGACCUAUCAAAGGAAUACCUGUCCAUCUACCUCAAGAACCAAUUAUUCCAUCGUUGCCUAUAUUAGAGAAACCUGCUUUUCCAUUACCUUCUAAACCCCAGGGAUCAGUCACAAUACACGAGUUUCAACCAAGUUUCAUUUCCAAUAACAUCCAACCUAAGCAAUUCAUAACAUCAAAAUCCCGAAUAUCUAAUUUCCAAAGUCAAUCUAUACAUCCAGCACAUUUGCCACAUUCGCCAAAAAUUUUGGGGAUAACUAAUUUUCAUAGUUUACCGUUAGCUGUGAUGUCUGUUCCGCCAUUGAGUCCUCCUCUUGGGCCUCCAUCACAUACAGCACCUCAAAAAUCUUUACCUACUCCUCAAAAUAUUAAUGAAAUUCCCACGCCAAAUAUUCCAGGCCCAUCUCCUUCUUUAAAAGGAAGUUUAUCUCCUUCUAGCAAAUCGAUUCAGUUACCUAGUUUGCACAGUUUACCUAUGGCUGUAAUGGCUAUUCCUCAAUUCAAUCCUCAACCAGGUCCACAGACAAAUCAAGUACCUCGACAACGUUUUCAACCUCGUCCAAAAAUCGUUGAAAUCACCAUACCCAACCGUCAAGCAACGCGACCAUUAAGAAAAAAAGUGUUUUCAUCAAGCAAUUUGGUAAGAGUACCUGGAAUAUCCGAAACAUCUCUACAUAGUCAGCUUUUUGCAAAAGACUUGUUGAGACACGUUCGAGGUUUAGAUCAAUCAAGAUUUCAACCUGGAGUUCACACUCUUAAAUUCCCUAUCUUUGCCAGAGACAAUCGUCUUCGGCAGGCUGCAACUGGUUUACAUUCUGCAAACACUAAUCAAGGUGGAAAAAUUAUAAAGAAAACAAAUGUUGGGGGAACCAUGGGAAGCGGACAGGUAGUGGGUGGUAUGCAAACUGGACAUGCCACCAUAUCACGUAGUCGACCAAAUUCAAAAACAAGCAUGGGGGAUUUUUUUUUUAGAAUGGCUCAAAUGCAAAUGUCCUCUGAGGAUAUCAUUCAACUGUUGCGCACCUCUAGAAACCAUCAGCAGACUUUGGAUACAAUUCUUAAAGGUUAUAUAAAUCUUCAAAACAAUGCUAGGAUUACAAAAAUAUUCAAUGAAUCGUAUAGAGCUAAGCUUCUCCAACUGAUUCGGUUUUAUCAGUAUCUUCAGCCUGGUUCGAACAACCAAGAACGUGUCGAGGAAAUCUUUAUGAGAAGUAUUGAUCGAUUGCAAGACAUGGCAGAACAAGGAGGUGGAAGUGGGGGUAUGGGAGGAAGUCAAGAUGUUGAAACAGAAUCAGGAUCCAUUGGGAUUGGGACAGGAGGAUUGGCUGGAGGAGGAGGGAUGGCUGGAGGUGGAGGAGUAGGAGCAGGAGGGACAGGCGGAGGUGGUGCCGCUGUAGGAGGAUCAGAAGACGCUGAGGAAGCCGAAUUAGACGGAGAGAUCGACAGUGAUUCUGAUUCAGACGAGGAAAACAAUGGAUAUAUAAAGUUUUGGUAA